AUGCCUUCCGAUUCAAUCCGCAUCACUCUCAGUCCCUUGGAUCACAUACCGCCCCAGAACUAUGUGAAAAUUGCGUUGUAUCUCCCGCUGAAGGAUGGGGUGAGACCUGAAGAAGCGUUCUCGAGACUGCAGGAAGGCCUGCAAGAAACAUUCAUCCAGCUACCAUGGCUUAGCGGAAAGGUACAUUGGCAACCGGAGAGCACACCAGGGUGGCGACCGGGCCAGCUGGAAAUCCGACACGGAGAAGUGGAUACCCACAGUCCCAAGCCGUACCAGCUCAAACAGAACAACCUCGGUGAGAGCAUCUCUUAUGACGACCUGAAGGACAAUGGCUUUUCCACGGACGAGUUCGAAGACCAUGAGUUGCUUUGGGCUCCAUUUCUUGCCGACAUCAAUGCCGGUGCCGAAGUUUUCGUGGCUCAGGCCAACUUCAUGCCCGGUGGCUGCCUGUUGGCCAUGUCCACCUGUCAUCCUUCUGCAGACGGCACGGCCAUGAUCACGAUCUUGAAGCUUUGGGCAAGCCACUGUCGGAGUCUUGAUCCGACGGGUGCGGUGGGGCAAGACGACGGACUAGUCCUACCUCAUGGGAGCUCUGACCGUGAAAUCCUGGAGCGCCUCUGGGAUGAUGCAGGCAGGGGCCGCGCCGCCAGCGAGAUGGAUCCGGAUACCUGGCAACUGGUGGGGUUGGACCAUCCCACACGCUCGCUUGCCGACGCAGGAGAAAAUGCCAACGGAGCUCCUCCGACUAUCUCCGGAGCCGAAGACACCGAGCCCCCAAAGGUCAUGAAGUCGAGCAUCUUCUACAUCUCAGCCGCCAAGUUCACUGAGCUGAAGAAGCAAGCCGCCGAUGAGGCCGGCACCAAAGAGCUCUCAGGCAAUGACGUUGCUACGGCUCUCAUAUGGCGGAGCCUCUUGAAAGCUCGGACUCGUGCCAAACAAGUAACAAGCACGCAGGACACUGGCCUGGCAGAGCUGGAGAUGACCGUCGAUGGGCGACCUGACUUCUCGGAACAUCUCCCAUCUACCUACCUCGGCAACGUGGUCUUCGUAAACCGCCCCAGCCUCCCCCUGGCGACACUGGUCUCACCCGAGACGACCAUCGGAGAGGUUGCCAAGGUGAUCCGGAAAAGCGCGGGCACGAUCCACCACGAGGCAAUGAUGGACGCGUACAAACUCCUUCGGGGCGUGCCCGACUACGGCAUGCGGAAGCUUCGGUUCACCAGCGUGCAUGGCAUUUCCAUGCUAAUCACGUCCCUGCUCAUGUUCCCCAUCGAGGAGAUUUGCUUCGGAGAGGCUUUCUUCGGCAAUGAAGGCAGGCCUGAGGCUUUCCGACCGCUGAUGAGCGCCUUCAACAGGCUCUUCCGCAUCAGUUUUAUACUGCCCAGGGAGAGGCACGGCGGUGUCGAGUUUGUGGUAAGCUUGUUUGAGAACGAGAUGGACCUUUUGCUGGAGGAUGAGGAGUUCUCGAAGUAUGCGCUCCAGGUCUCAUGA